AUGAAUGUACUUUUCAUGGCAACAAUUAACUAUAAUAUGUCAUCAAGUCAUUCGAAUAGAUCAACACCAAUAUCAAGAACACCUAUCACCGUCACCAACACCAGCACCACCACCACCACCACAACAACAACAAAAACACCUCACUCUUAUCAACAUCCUAACUAUUUAGAUAAAGAAUCAUUGGCUGCAACUAAAAUUCAAGCUGGUUAUCGUGGUUAUUGUACACGUAAAAAAUAUGGUAAUUUAUCAUUGAAUUCUUCUUCACCAUCAUCAAAUUAUAAUGUAACAUCCAGUAGACAAUUAUAUACUACACAUCAAUCACCAUUAAGAAAUAAUAAUGAUUUAGAGAAUGCCGCCACACGAAUACAAGCUAGUUAUCGUGAAUAUACACCAAUUAAAAAUAUUUCUUAUCAUAAUGAUAAAAUCAAUAGAAUUAAUGGGAAUAAAAAUGGAGAUAAUGAUGACGAUGAUGAUGAUGAUGGAAAAGUGAAAGCAGUCACUAAAAUUCAAGCUGGUUAUCGUGGUUAUAAAACAAGAAAAUCAUUAGCUCCAUUAUUACAUUCUCAACAAAAUUUAUUAUUAUCAAAUAAAGAAAAUCAAAAUUAUUUAGAAUAUAAAAGUAUCAAUCAAGAUAAACAUAAUAAUAAUAAUAAUCAUCUACAUGAUUUAGAUAAUCCUGAAUUAGCUGCCAUUAAAAUACAAGCAACCUAUCGUGGUUAUAGAACUAGACGACAUUUACCUAAAUAAAUUAAUUCAAUUCAAUGCAUAUUAUAUUAUUAAUGUGUAUUUCAUUAUUCAUUGAACAAUCUCUCUUUUGGGAUCAUGAAUAUUCUUAUGAAUUCAAAUCAUUGAUAUUUUUAAAUCUUAAACAAUAUUUGCAUGCUUAUUUGACUAUCAGUUCGCUUCUUCUUCUUCUUUAUCCUUUUUAUGUAUGUUUUACUAUUACUAUAUUGCAAAACGAAGGAUGACAUUGUUAUUUGACAAUGGGAUAAAAUAUUGUAUACAAUGGUUAUUUCUUUUAACAAUAAUAAUCAUCAUUUCACCCAAUUAAACAUCAUAUAGUACUGCAUACUUCCAUUAACAAAAUAAUCAACUUAUUUAUUUAGUUAUUCAUUUAAUUGAAAUAUAAUCAAAAGUCACAAAAUGUUACGAUAGUUUCAUUCAGCUUGUAAUAAUGUUUCUUUCUUUCUUUUUUUUCUCUUUUUUUAUAUUUGGGAAUUGUUGUUCUUGUUGUUUUAUUUUGUUUUAAUAAAUACAAUAAUGAUGAUAAUGUGAAUAACCUCAUAAAUGUUUUAAAUUAAUUUCUCUUACUUAAUUCAAUCAUAAAUAUUUAUGUAUUUAAAUAAAUGUAAGUAAUAAAAGAAAAAUGUAACUCAUUAUUUAUACACAAUUUAAUGUACUUGAGAUUGAGUUUGUGAAACAGAAAUAAAUGAAAUAAGUAUUGAAGUUCGGAAUUAUUGAAGUCUGAUAAGAAUUCUUUAAUAAGACUGAAUAUUUCGUCUAGUCAGAAUACUUGUAGAAAACAUCAGUCAGUUAGUCAACUACACCAGACCGUUGUUGCUAUCUCGACGUGGUCGUCGGGCUUGCCUAUCGUGAUGAAGCA